AACUCUCUCCUGUAAACAAAACGAAGAAAUGGCUGGAAAAUUCCAAGAGCUUCCCAUCUCCGGCGAACCUUUAGCCGUCGAGAGUCCGAUGACCAAUAAGAAGAAGAAGAAGAGCAAGAAGAACAAACACACAGAGGAAAUUCAUGAAGUGCCUCAAGAGGUCACGAAUGGUGUAGAGGAAGAGUUGAGUAAUAAAGAGAAGAAGAAGAAACGUAAGAGAGAGGAGAAAGAGAUUGAGAAGAAUAAGAAGAAGGAUGUCCCGGAGAAGAUCCUAGAAGCUGAGGAUUUAAGUGUUACCAAUGGAGGAGAGAGUGAGCAACAGAAGGUUGUUGUGACUGGGAAAGAUGUGGAAGAAGCAAAGUACGCAGCUUUGAAGACUUUUGCUGAAUCGAAUUUGCCUGAGAAUGUUUUAGAUUGUUGUAAGACUUUUGAGAAGCCGUCUCCGAUUCAGUCACAUACAUGGCCGUUUUUGUUAGAUGGUCGUGAUCUUAUCGGGAUUGCGAAAACUGGGUCAGGGAAGACAUUGGCUUUUGGGAUUCCUGCGAUUAUGCAUGUGUUGAAGAAGAAUAAGAAGAUUGGUGGAGGAUCAAAGAAUGUUAAUCCUACUUGUUUAGUUCUUUCUCCUACACGAGAAUUGGCUGUUCAGAUUUCUGAUGUUUUGAGUGAAGCUGGAGAACCUUGUGGUUUGAAAUCGAUUUGUGUGUAUGGUGGAAGCUCUAAAAGGCCUCAAAUAAAUGCAAUUCGAUCUGGAGUUGAUAUUGUCAUUGGUACGCCUGGUCGAUUGAGAGACUUGAUUGAGUCUAAUGAGCUUCGUCUCUCGGAUGUUUCCUUUGUGGUAUUGGAUGAAGCAGAUCGAAUGCUUGAUAUGGGUUUCGAGGAACCUGUUCGGUUUAUAUUGAGCAAGACAAAUAAAGUUCGUCAGAUGGUUAUGUUCAGUGCAACUUGGCCUUUGGAUGUUCACAAAUUGGCACAGGAAUUCAUGGAUCCAAAUCCAAUCAAAGUAGUCAUAGGUUCUGUAGACUUAGCUGCCAACCACGACGUUAUGCAAAUCAUUGAGGUCUUGGACGAACGUGCCCGUGAUCAGCGUCUAGUUGCUUUACUAGAAAAAUACCAUAAAUCUCAAAAGAACAGGGUUUUGGUAUUUGCUUUAUACAAGGUGGAAGCUGAACGUCUCGAGCGUUUUCUUCAGCAAAGAGGUUGGAAAGCUGUAUCUAUACACGGAAACAAAGCACAGAGCGAACGUACCAGGUCUUUAUCAUUGUUCAAAGAAGGAUCCUGCCCGUUACUGGUGGCUACUGAUGUUGCAGCAAGAGGGCUCGAUAUCCCCGACGUGGAAGUUGUGAUAAACUACAGUUUCCCUUUAACAACAGAGGAUUAUGUACACAGAAUCGGGAGGACAGGAAGAGCGGGUAAAAAGGGCGUUGCACACACGUUCUUCACGCAACUGAACAAGGGUCUUGCCGGAGAACUUGUCAAUGUUCUCAGGGAAGCAGGACAAGUCGUGCCAGAUGAUCUUUUGAAGUUUGGCACUCAUGUAAAGAAAAAGGAAUCAAAAUUGUAUGGAGCACAUUUCAAAGAAAUAGCAGCUGAUGCUCCAAAAGCUACGAAGAUCACAUUCGAUAAUUCUGAUGACGAAGACUAGUUUUAGUUUAUUUUAAUGUUAUGAUUAUUUUAUUAUAGUUACUUGGACUAUGAAAAAACCUGCCUUUGAUUUUCGUUUGUGGUCUCGGCUUGGCCAGAAUAACAAAAACAUUUAUGUUUC